GUUUUUUUUUUUUUUUUCUCUUUCUUCGGCGCCUAGGUUCUGCUAUUUCAAAUCGAGCCAGCGACGGCUACAGAGAGCAGAGGCAAACACACACGCUGAGAGAGAGAGAGAGAGAGAGGGUUGCGAGUUUGCUAUCGCAACGCACAGAGAUUAAUCAAUUCCAAUGGCGAUGAUGGCGGGAGAGUCGGUGGUUCCGGCGAACAGGGGGACGGGGACAACUACGGCUACGAGAAGCCCUCCGCCAUCCAGCAGCGGGCCGUCGUCCCCAUCAUCCUGGGUCGCGAUGUCAUCGCCCAGGCCCAGUCCGGCACCGGCAAGACCUCCAUGAUCGGCCUUACCGUCUGCCAGAUCCUGGACACCCAGUCCAGAGAGAGUACGCUAUACACUGUGUCGUUUUAGGGUUUCAGCAAUUUUGAACAACAUCUAGAGAGGUAUAAAGCAGUUCUUCGUUGCAGUAGAAAGGGAGGGGUGGAAGUUUGAUACUUGGUGUGAUCUUUAUGAUACCCUUACCAUCACCUAGGCUGUUAUUUUAUGCAACACAAAGUGAAAGUAUAGGCCGUUAUAUAAUAAGAGGCAGUUUUUCGGAUGGCAACUUUCCAAUUUGGGACACAUUUGCCCCUCAAUUGAACUCUCGUUGGUUCUGGGGUUGAGGGUAUUCCCGUUUUUCUGGUGUAGGCAGAAUGCGUGAAUGUUAUUAGGCCACAUUGCCACCCCCCCUCCCUUCCUUUGUGUGGUUCAGAGGGAAACAGCAAGAGAGGAGUUUUGGGGUUCCUUGCCUUCGUCUGCAUUGCCGCUUGCCGUCGAGAGUGUCAAGAGUCCUUCUGGCGUAUCUUCGAGGACGGCUCUUUAUUAUCUAGAAACUGUUGAAGGCCAACAAGUCAUUGCUGCUCCUGCACUAUGUACUGAAGACAAUCAUUUGGUUUGUCGAGCAUUUGGUCAAUUUGUUGAAGAUUAUCAAGAUCUUCUGAAUUUGGGUGUUAAUGAGUGCUGGCAUUUAAAGAAUUUGUCCAUGCCUGCUGUUGCUGAGAGGUUACCCUGUGCUCUUUGUCAGCACUUUCGCGCUGAUGGUUCAAGCACUUGGGUUCUCUUGAGACAUGGAUUGAAGGCUUGGCCAGUAGAAAUUGUUAGUCCUGAGUUCCACAAAGGAAAGGUUCAUGGAUCGCUGGCUUGUGCCAGUAAGCUGAGAGGCCAGACCACAAGCGCAUGCAGUAUAACUGUCGCUUCAUCACCGCCGGAUUUUAUUGACCCAGUUGCCAGAAAUCAGCCUUCCGGGGAGCAAGAUAUCGAGAUGGGUACUCGAGUCACCAGGAGUGCAUCAGAUUUGGGAAUGGAUUCUUUCAAUAAGCAGCCGUUGAAGGAACUUUGGACAGCCCCACACACUAACAUUGAUCUGCAUCUAUACUUGGUUUUACAAGGCAAUAAAGGUUCAGGAAGUAUUUCCUACCAUUGCACCUGCAGUGGGCUUAUCUGUCGGCUUGGCAGUUGGUCAACUUCAAUUGCUGAUGAAAUUUCAGAACUCAUUAAGAGACCUAAGCUUGAGGCGGGUAUCUGUUAUGACCCUGGAGCUCCUUUGCUUUAUUUGCAAAGUUCAGUGGACAGAUUGGUGGCAACACCUGGAAGGCUGAUGCACCAUAUAUUAAUUCUACAAAAGGUUUUACACUUGAGCAUCUUUCUUAUCUGGUAAGUAGGAGAGUUUUACUUUUACCCACAAGGCUGAUUUAACUAAUUUCCCUUCUAGGAAUAAUGUUUGUACUUGGCAUCAGUAGCAUAUAAUUUAUGUGAAUAUUUUGCUAACGACUUGGGUGUUUACGGACUGCUGCUUAGUUGCAUUAGUACUCAAUGGUCUAGGUGUUUCUGAACUUAUUAACUAUAUAUAGAUCUCUCAACAUCUGAUUUUGCAAAGUAAAUCUGAGGAUCUGACACUAGCCCUUGCGAAGGUGACUCGUACAAAUUAAUAGCAGAGAAUUAUAUCCUUGUUUGGGUCUCGAUCUUUGCAGAAUCGGGUGUGUUCCAGGCGAGCAUCUUCAAAGACGAUCUUGAAACUCGAUCGAUCGUCAUGAUCGACGUACACAACAGAAAGGAAGUCUGAUUUUGAAAAUUAUUGAUAAGCCAUAAGCCUAUAUAUCGGUAUACUUAUAUGCAUGCUUGGGUUUCGAUUCCACUGAUGUAACCUGUGAAUGACAAAAGUAGUAGUAAUUAGUUUUUUUUAACCUGAUGAAUCAAUGAUCAUAGUAAUCUGCUUGCAUAGAGUUUUUGUAACCCACCCAAGCAGAUUUCCAGCAUAAAAAAUACAAGUUCAUAUUGUCAUUGCAUAAGAAAGUGGUUGCAUAAAGAGUGUAUCUUUUUGUAGCUGCUUUAAUUGUUUAUCUUUUUACAGUUUAAAGUGGUUAUCUUUUCAUAGUUGCUUAUUGUGGUUAUCUUCCACGGGGCCUCAUAUCUGCUAAACACCAUAUCGAAAUGUUGUGCCAUCUGGCUUGCAAAAGCUCGGAGUUUAUAAUGGUAAAUCCUUGGGAGGUAUCUUUCACUCUAUCUUAAUUCAUUCUUUCCAUUUACAUACUGUCUCUGGAAUAUUGACUGGAAGUGUUAAGCUCUUGUUAUAAUCAAGACACGUUCCAGUGCACAUUGACUGUUUUGUGUAGAAUCAAGAGUUCGUUGGUUGAGAGUGGACGGAUAUCAGGAGGUAAGAUUCAGUAGCCAUUAUUGUUCGUGUUCGUUUUUUCUUGGUGUUGAGUUGUGAGUGUGCAUGGUCGAUUGUUUCUUGCUCCACAAAGAAGGCUUAAUAAGUUAAUAUUCUUGCAAACAGAUGUUCGGAUUAAUACAAAGUACUUUGCUUAAUAAUGCCUUUUCUACGUGCAUAAAUAUAUGCUUUCCUAGCCCUUUGCAGUUUUUCAUUUUCAGCCUUGAACCAAUGACUCCCAGUUUUCCAGCCUCAGUUUUGAUGCUAUUUUCAAUGCCACAUAUGAGAUCAGAAGAUAGAUCAUGCCCGGUAGAGGUAAAAUAGGAGGUCGACUCAAAGAAAGUGACUUCACUACUCACAAAAUAAUGUCGAGACUCGGGAUGGUAACACCUAUAUCCUUUUUGGGUACGAGAAUACCCAAGAAAAAUACAUUUACGAGCCCGCGGAGAUAACUUAUCAAGAUUAGGAUCAAGAACAUGCACAAAUGCCACACAACCAAACACUCUAGGAGUGAGAGAAAAUGGCGAACUAUCAAGAUAUAGCAACGAAAAGGGAGACCUUUGAUUGAGAAUCAAAGGCGGCAUACGAUUAAUUAGGUAACACGCCGUAAGAACGGCAUCACUCCAGAAAUGAUUUGGUACCUGCAUGUGAAAUAACAGGGUACGGGCAACAUCUAACAAAUGGUGCAAUUUACGCUCAGCAAUACCAUUCUGUUGGGCACUACGAGUGCAACUAGUCUGAUGAAUAAUUCCACGGUCAACACAAAAAGAAUCAACAACAGACUGUAUAUAUUCCAUAGCAUCAUCAGAAUGAAUAAUUUUAAUACGCUUGCCGAACUGAGUAAAAAUCUCAUUAUAAAAUUUAAAAAGAACAUAUGGUAACUCGGAUCUCUGUUUCAACAAAAAUAACCAAGUCAUACGAGAGUAGUCAUCAACAAAGACAACAAAAUAGUGGUAUCCCGUAAUACUCAAAGUUCUAGAAGGACCCCAUAUGUCUGUAUGAACUAAAUCAAAAGACUCUUUUUGAUGACCAUGACUACUACUCGGGAAAGAACUACAAUGAUGUUUCCCAAGCUGACAAGCCUCACAUUCGCGACUAGACACACAACUCAAAGUAGGAAUAGCCAACUUAAGUUUGGCCAUGGAAGGAUGACCCAAGUGGAAAUGCCACUGUAGAGGAGAUAUGGUAGCACUCAAUGCAGAGGGGGUGACAAGAUAGUUGCGAUCAGCAUCCAAAAAAUAUAGACCAUCCUUCUCAUGCCCUGGACCAAUCAUCUUCUUGGUUUUGAGGUCCUGAAAAACACAAGAGGUAGGCGAGAAAGUUAUUGAACAAUUUAAUUUUUUAGUCAGUUGACUAAUAGACAACAAAUUAAAUGGAAAACCUGAGGCAUAAAGACUAGAAGGUAAAGUGAAAGAACAAGUGGGAUGGAGAACACCUUUCCCGUGAACAGGGCGAGAUGAACCAUCCGCUAAGACAAUAUGAUGAUUAAUAUGAUUCAACUCAGAGAAAAGAGAUGAAUUACCAGACAUGUGGGUGCUAGCGCCGGAAUCUAGAAUCCAAGGUGGAGGUGUAAAAGUGGCACGUGCAACAUUACCUGAAGUUGCUAAAGUAGCGGUAGAGGAAGUGGAAGGCAAGACUGUAAUCAAUGUCUGAACCAACUCAUGAACCUGAGUAGUGAAAGCAUCAUGAGAAUCAGUAGGAGGAACAUAACUGGAAGGUGCAGCGGAUGGGUGAGGUUGGGGCAAUGGAGGGCUAUCAGUGACCUGAUGAACAUAAUCUGGUUUACCGUACUUCUUCCAACAAUAAGGCUCAGUGUGAUUAGUAGCAUGACAAUGAUUACAUUUUCUAUCACCACAUCCAUCCAUACGACCACCACCACAAAAACUGCCAUGAAAAUUGCGGCCAGUGCCGCCACGACUAUUGGCACGACAAUUGCCAUGAAAAUUGCCACGAACACCAGUACUGGAAACGAAAGCCGAAGACUCCGGAAUAGGAGCAACAUUACGAGACACAUUAGAUGAUUGGCCCAAAGAAUGAGAGAGACGAGAAUAUGCAUUGGCAGCUGUGGGAAGAGUCUCACUAGCAACUAUCUGAUCCUUAAAUCCACAAAGCUCAGAGUCUAAACCAAAAAGUAGAAUAUUUGCUAGAUGUGAGUCAGUGAUUUGCUACUUAUGUAAUUACUGAGCAGGCUCUCUACAACAGAAAUUUUUUCAUAUGGGGUGAUAGUAGAAUAUUUGAGCCUUUUAGCAUUUAUUAACUGCUGUCAAAACUGAUAUAAAUGCCCAUUGUUCAAGUUCUUAGGUAAGGAAUAUAUGUAGAGAUUAAAGCAAAGGUAUUGGUUGGUAUACCUGUGAUUUGGUGAUUCUGUUUCAUUUUCUGGAAUACAAAGAGCCUCUUUUUACCACAUUUUUCAAGUCUUUUUUUUUACGUGUCAACUUUCGCAUUUUGGAAGAAUUGAAAACAACAGCAAGAAGUAAUGACCUGCAUGGAUUACUUGUGAUAGAAACAGUGUACUAGCUUCGUUGAAGGUUUACCUUGAAUCUGGCAGUCACCUUCUCUGUGAAACAAUGUCUUAAGUUGGGUGAUUUUCUUUUAGAAGUUGGCAGUCACUUUUGUAUCAGCUUAUGUUUGAUUGGAAUAUCACAUGAGCCAUUUGUAACUUCUAACAGAAAUCAACUUGAAUCUGUGGCUUAGUUCCCUUUGAUCAAACUUAUGCAGCUUCCCUUUGAAUCUGUGACUCAGUUUCCUUUGAUCAAACUGAUGCAGCUUGCUUUUGUUAAACUCAUCUGCUUUACGUUUCAAAAAAAAUCAUCUGCUUUUACCAUUGUGACCAUAAUCUAUAUUCUGAUACCACAAAAAUUCAAACUCAUUACCCUGUAAAAUUAUGCUGAUCACUAGGCCUGCCUAUGGACUUAUGCUCCAAACUUUCUGUAAAUAUAGUUCUUAUAUUAGCCUAUGCUUGUAAAUGUCUGCACACAACACUUAACCCCAUCACUUAUCACUUACACCAUGUAUACUACCUUACUUAAGUAAUGUAAUAUACCUAUGUAACUCUUCUAUUAUCAUUCCUACAUUUCCACCUUAACCGUCAAAAACAACAUUAAUCUCCGCCCUCACACAAAACUUGUUCUCUUCAAUGGGCAUAACAUUCGUGCUUUGCACGUGGCCACACCUAGUGUUUUAGAUAAUCAGCCAGAUAUCUAUUAAGUUUGUAUCGAUGAUUUAGGCCUAUUUCAUAGUAAGAAUCCAAAAUUUGAAAUUCAAGUAAUUGGACCUGUCCUGAAGUUGGCCAAAAUGUGUUCCCGUCAGUUCCUACAUUUGAAAACAGAGUUUAUUAACUUUGAACACUAGAAUAACGCCCUUUGUUUUUACAAUCAACCUCUUUUUAUUGAAGGUAAAGCAUACAUUCCUUGUCUUGCUCAACUCCCUUGUAGUUUCAACUUACAUGUCCAUCAUUCUACUGUUUCAUUCCAUCUAGUUGAUCAAGGGACAAAUUGGUUGCUGAAACUUUCAGGGUAUGUGGUUGGUGCUUAUUUGCUAUUGAACUUGUGCAUAUUACUUUUAGGAUGUAGAAUAUUAUCGACGCCAAUAUAUUGUAAAGGAAAGGAUUUGGGGACCAUCUUUGAUUCUUAAGGACAAUGCAUUGGGAGGGAAAUAUUUUCUUUCUGUUUGUUGCGCUUGAGUUCUAUCAUUUGGAUUUAAUUGCCAUGUUUUAUGUACAGGUUGAUUGGCUAACUGAGAAGAUGCGUAGCAGCAACUUUACUGGUCUUUUCUAUGCGUGGAGAUAUGCCCUAGAAGGAGAGAGAUGCA